CAACCAAUCCACCGCGGGACACGUAAGCAGGCAGUCUAUUUUCGACUGCCUUCGACUCUACACGCGUUACAGGACACCCUCCCUUAUCCCGUAGCUCUCUAUCGUAGUACACGAAAAAAUUUUACCUGUGGUCCCCAACAUGUUAUAACUCUUCCACGUUGUGUAUGUGUUCUUCAUCCAGAACCAGAAAAAAUUAAACACUCAGGAAAAAGAAGAUGCGCCGAUUGGACCGAUGGAUCAAUUACGCAGGCAAUCAUCGAUCAUGCUUCAGUUUCGGCAUCAUCUUGAUCGUCAUUCAUUUGGUUCUGGUAGCCGAACGGGUCUAUCGAUACAGACAUUCGGGUGCGUGGAUUGUAAUCGCCAGGUCAUCAGGUCAGUGUCUUCAUUUUAACUGUGCACUGGUUCUGUUACUUACGCUCCGGAGAAGCUUCACAUGGCUCCGUUCAAAAGGAAUGGACUGGCUUCUACCGCUUGAUCGGACCAUCUACUUCCAUAAAAUGAUCGGAUGGCUCAUCUGUGUCUUCAGUGUGGUCCACACGUUGGCUCACAUCAUUAACUACGGAAUCAUGAGUCGAGGAAAUGGAGCCAAAAUGAAGGAUUACCUUUUCGACAAGACCGCUGGUUGGAUUCCCGGAAUAGUAACACCCAGUGGUUUCGCAAUUUUGUUUCUCCUAUUCAUCAUGGGUCUCUUUUCUCAUCGUUUGGUCCGGAAGUCGGGUCGUUUUGAGCUAUUCUACUGGACCCAUAUGUUGUGCCUUCCUUUCUUCUUUUUGAUGAUCAUGCAUGCUGGCAACGUUUGGAAGUGGCUCGUCGGACCUCUAUGUCUUUUCGCUGCUGAGAUCGGCUAUCGGAUUGGAUUUAUUUGUUGUUCAGAGCGAGGUAGGACCAAGGUCACCUCGCUCCAACUGUUACCUAAUCAGGUGGUGCGACUAAAAAUUGAACGUCCACCGGAUUUCGAGUUUCACGCCGGAGAUUACGUUUACGUCAACAUUCCUCGAGUGGCCAGGUUCGAAUGGCAUCCGUUCACAAUCAGCAGUGCCCCCGAACAUGAAGAUUACAUGACGCUUCAUGUGAGAGUCGCGGGUGGAUGGACGGGGCGGCUUUACUCUAUGUGUCAAGAAGACGCCGAACGCCUAGAACGAAAACAAUCCAGACAUAGAAUUGUUCAGCAACAGAUCUCCGAUAAAUUAAGUCCAUUCCAGUCCAUGCCGAUGCACUUGGAGAAGUCAGUUAUGCCGAUCAUGCUGGAUGGCCCAUACAGUGGCUCGGCAAUGCGCGCAUGGAAUUGUCGCCAUGCUCUUUUUAUUGCCGGCGGAAUAGGUGUAACACCGUUCGCUUCUCUUCUCCAAUCUCUGGUGAGCAGAUACCAGAGUGCGAUGAAUGCCUGCCCACAUUGCCAUCAAUCCUGCUGCACGAAUGUUCCCAGUUCCCUGGGUAAACUUCGUCAUGUGGACUUCAUGUGGGUUAAUAGGGAUCUCCUCAGUUUCCAGUGGUUUUUGGAGCUUCUACUGGACUUGGAUAAAGAACAGUCCGUCAGAGGCAGCGUUAUGGAGAAUUUCCUCGAUAUCCAGCUGUUUCAGACGGGCACUAAAACGAUGCCCGAUCCCCAUGAGCCAUGUGCCAGUUGCCGCGAAUCUCUAGCAGUUACUCCGCAGUUACAAACAGACCUUCUCGAUGCCAACGUGAUUGUCCCAUCAGCACCAGCCUCUCAGGUGACGGGUAGAUGCCCCUAUUGCACAAUCCGACAAGUGAAGCACUUACUCAACUACGGUCGGCCUAUUUGGGAUGAGGUAUUCAGAGACGUGGCUCUACGCAGUGGUGGCCGAGUGACUGUCUUCUAUUGUGGCCCCGCAUCCAUGGCCCGCGUUGUCAUGGCACAAUGCAAAAAGUUCGGUUUCACGUUCACCAAAGAAAUCUCCUGAACAAAAAUUACGAUUUCAAUAAGAAAACAAUAAAACAAAACACAAAAAAAAAAGAUCUAUACGGCUACACGGGACAGAAGUUUAAAGGCAACUUACCACACCUUCUAAUCUCAUGUGAUAUGUACAUUGGAUGACGUAAUGCGAAAAAAAAAAAACAUUUUAAAUCCUCGCAAACCGAAAAGUGCUAAUAAGAAAUAUUGGCACGCAAAAUUCAGCGAGAAGAUGUGAAUACUUCCACCGUAUGGAUAUUGUUUGAGUUACUAAAAUGAUCGGAAUUUGUAUUACACUUUUUAUACUUACGUAAGUCACUAACGGCAAUAAACAUGAGCGUUUUUGCAUGUAA